AUGACAUAUGCUCAGGUGUUGCAACAUUUGCUCAAGAUUGAGAAGAUUACUUUUAGAGAUGCUCCGCAUGCUCCGGAUACGCGAUCUCCGAAUUACAAUGCAAAUGCACGGUGUGCUUUUCAUUCAGGCGCUCCUGGCCAUGAUACAGAGAGGUGUAUUGCGUUGAAGAACAAAGUCCAAGACUUGUUGGACCAAAAGAUUAUUCAAUUCACUCCUACGCCCAAUAUUGCCAAUAAUCGGAUGCCUACUCACGGAGGUUCGGGUGUGAAUUCCAUUGAGAGUGAAGAGAUAAGUGUUGUAUCCAAAGUGGGCUGUUCGACUUUUCCUCUUGUAUCUGUGAAGCAACAUCUGGUCAAUAGCGGCAUCUUCCCGGGCUGUGGUGUGGAUUGUAAGAAUUGCAAGAGUCAGCCCGAAGGUUGUGCUGAUUUGAAAAGUAUGGUACAAAAGCUGAUCGACGAGGGUCCUCUUCAAUUUUAUCGAAGGUUGAGAGGCGCGGAGAGUGAGGAUGGUGAAGUGGCUGUGAUCUCAAUUCCUUAUGAGCCAGUUGCUCCAGUAUGUAUCCAAGUGCCUAUUCAGAUACCUGUAAGUAUCCCAUAUGAGGAACAACCAGCGGCGUUAAUGAUUGUCGUUCCAGGGCCAAUUCCAUAUGAGAGUGAGAAGGCCUUCCCUUGGCAUUAUGGUUCAGACGUGUAUUACUAUGGCACGAAGGAAGAGGGUGAGCCGUCUAAAGAGAAACUUGUGGAAGACGCAGUUGCAAACACUGAUAAUUUCGCUGGUACCGGUAGAAUCACUCGCAGUGGCAGGGUGUUCUCCCCUCAGCCAAUACAAAACAAUGCAGAUGCUUUGGCUAAGGCCAAAGGCAAACAAGUGAUGAAUGAUGUCCAGAAUUCUCCGAUUCAGAAUGGGACACCUGAUAGUGUUGUGCCUUCCAAGGAUGUGGAAGAGUUGUUGAGAAUUAUCAGGAAGUCUGAUUACAAAUUAGAGGCGGUGGCCAAUAAUAUUUCCGCUGGAAACGGUUUGGGAUUUACUGAUCGUGAUCUUCCUCCAGAAGGGAGAAACCAUAACAAGGCGUUGCAUAUUUCGAUGGAGUGUAAGGGGACGACUUUGUCCCGUGUUUUGGUUGAUACUGGUUCUUCCUUGAACGUGCUUCCCAAAUCGGCCCUCAUGAGAAUUGACUAUGCUGGUGUUGAGUUGAGGCCUAGUGAGUUGGUGGUACGUGCCUUUGACGGUUCAAGGAGGUCUGUGUUUGGAGAGGUAGAUCUACCAGUCCAAAAGUUGAAGUAUCCGGUUGAUGGUAAAAUGGUGACGGUUUGUGGUGAGGAGGAUUACAUCGUGAGUCACUUCUCUUCUUUCCGGUAUGUGGAGAUCGAAGGUGAAAUACAUGAGACGCCAUUCCAAGCGUUUGAAGCUGUAAAUGUUGUGAGAACUCCUCCUUAUGAGAUAACGAAGCUAGAAACGGUUAUGUCUUCCCUGAAAGACGCACAGAUUGCAUCGCCAAAGCCUAAUAUCCUUAGCCCGGUCAAGAUUGUGAGUGGUGGUGUCAUUCAAGAUGGUCAGGUUAAUUCCAUUGUCAAUGGUGAAGAGGUGGAUAGUGACUGUGAUUUUGAUAGAUGGAUUCUUCCAAGUGCUCUUGGAGAGAAGAUCAACAACUGGACAAUCGAAGAAGUCAUUCAAGUCACACAGGCUCAGGAGUAA